AUGGCGGCUAAACAUGCCUCUACGGGUCAAAGUCCACCCCCUCCCCUACCCAAUGUACAACCCCUUGGUCAGCAGUCAGCAGUCCAGUGGUCCACUGGUCAGUCCCUCAGUGUCUCCAGUGCCCAUCGCAACUCGCCCAGGGUGGUCAUGUCUCCCUUACUACUGCUGUGCGCCCUGCUCAUCCCCAGCACAUGCUACGCUCGCCCUAACUGGCACAAAGGUGUUGUAGUUGCAAAAGACUUCAAUCUCCACCACCUCGGCCAUCAAGACUACAGCGAAGCUCAACUGGCAGCUGCCCAAGCCAUCCGAGAUGCAGGAGAAGAUGCUCAGCUUCACCUGGCUAUGUUGAAGAAGAACUACAUGGAUAUCGUUCGUCAACAUUUCUACAAUGCGUUCGCUCCUCUCCCCUUUGUCAAGGAACGCUUGGACCAUUUUGGACCAAACUAUCACGGAGAUGUUCCUGUGAAGCAUGUUCCUGUUCACCCAUUAUACAUUCACCAAUCUCCUGCUGGUCCAUGUUCUGGAAACAUCUUGAACUGUCUUCAUCUCUUUCCGUCCAGACUGGCAAAAAUUGUUCCUGCACCCUCAGUUGGACAGCCUUGUUAUGGUGCCAACUGUAAUCAAGCUUUCAACGCUCACUACAAGCCAAUGGUUAUCGCCAAACCAUCUCAUACAAGCCACUCCAAGAAUAAGUAUCCACCAAAGCAACAUCAUCACCACAUCAUCUGUGAUAGGAAACGGCCAGACAAGAAUUGCCAUCAUCGAAGCACUUUUUGGCCAACUUAUGCAACCGUGAAGCUCAUUAGUAAACUUAGUCCACACAAUGCAACCCCUCUUGAAGAUCUUGUGAAUACACAUCCAACUCAACCAGGGAAAUUUUUAAAUAAACCUGAUAAAAAAGAAGGUUUUGGAUCUCAGAAGGAAAAAGUGUCAAAACUUGAAAAUGAGAUUUUGGAAAUUCCUGACAAUUUGAUUCCUAAUAUAGGGACGGAACCUUCUAUCAAGUCCAACACACAGAUAUCCUAUGUGGCAAAGACUGAAAUUUCCACUGAGGUUCCUACCCAACCUCCUUUGAAAACUGUCGAAUUUAAACCUGAAGCUAAAGAAGGUACGAGUACUGCAAAUAUACCAACUCAGAAGACAUACCCAAGCUUAGUGAAUUCUACUGCUAAAUUCUAUCAUCAUGAAUCAUCCCCAGAAGGCAACCAGAACCAUCAUGAAGCAACUGAAUCACCUAAAAUUGUUGAUAAAAGCAUUGAAGAUGGUCAGAAGAUAACCACGUCCACCACUCUCUCUGAUAUUACAACUUCAGCUAGUAGUGAACUAGUUCUCAAGAUUGUGGAUGAAGUUGAUCCAAGUGUAAAAGAGAAAAUUCCUGUUGAAAGUUUGGUGCCUACAAAUGAAAUAAUGCUAGAGUCAACCUCCUCAAGCAGCCUUUUGGAACAUGAAAGCAGAGCAACAGAGCUAAAUAGGUUUGGCAAUGAAAUAGAAGAGAACAAGACACAAGGUACUACAAAGUCAGGAGACAGUAUAGAGUUGGAUUCUUUGACAUUUGACAAUACCCCUGCAUGGAAAAGUGAGAUUACUGAAAUGACCACAGUAGAACCUCGUGAACUUCCUGUGCCAACAACAGACCAAUCUACAAGUGACCAACAAACUUCAGUGUCAGAUGAGUAUUUUCCAGAAAGUAAAACUGCAAUAAACUACCUCCUCACAACUGAACAGGAUGCCAAUAGAGAGUUUUUUACAACAACAAUGAGCAAUUCUGAGCAAAUUACAAGAAUGGAAAAUAAUGAUAUAUCUGAAACAAUCCCAGUAGCUUUAGUUCAACCAAGAGAAGAAGUCACAUUUGAAAGCAACCAAGAAGAGAAAGAAUUCACAACACAGACCAUUUUUAGAACCGUUCAAGACUCAACAACAUACAAUUCAGAUAAUCUAGGACGAGAAGAUACAGACAAUGGAGUUAGCACUACAGAUUAUCGUAAGAAUGAUGAAGAAAUUACUACUCAAGAUUCAAUGUUUAGUACUGAUAAUUUGGCAGAAACUCGUGAUUUGUUUGGCGAGUCUACUACAGAAGAAAAUGCAUUUGAACCAGUAGAAAUAUUUUAUACAACAACAUAUAGAUCAAUAACAUUGGAAGUGAAUCAAGAGGCUAGAGAAGAAUUGUUUACCGACUCAUACCCUACUUUAGAACCGUUUAGUACUGAAGCAAGUAAACAAGCUUCUGAGGAUAUAAUUCUGUUUUCAACAAAUUUACCUGACAAGGAUGAAGUUGGUCCAACAACAGAACUUGUUUCAGAACCUGCUGAAACCAUUCUUGGCAGACAAGAGGACUUGGAAUUUACUACAACUGAAUUACCAAAUACUAAAACUGAAAACCAUCAAGAAGGAAAAGAAGACAUAUUUACAGAAUCCUAUGAAACCGAUGACAUUACAACUGAAGGCAAAGAGUCCAAGUCAAGCUUUGAUGAAGACAAUGUUUUGUUUACAUCUACGAUGGAAUCCACGGACAAUCUAACAGAGAAAUCUGAGAUGACUGAGUAUCUACUUCAAGCCAGAGAAGAUGACAUUGACCAUACUUUCUACAAUUUAGAACAAACUACUUCAAACCAUGCACCAUCAGAAGACUUUUCAUCUUUAACUGAGGCUUCGACACAAGUUUUUAACGCUAUUGUUGAGAGUAAAACCGAAACCAUGAGAGAUCUGACUACUCCGCAAGAAAGUUUCAGCCAAUUGCCAGCAUUGACUGAAAGUGAACAAGUAUUCCCCACGACAAACAAUGGCGGUGAAUUAUUUGUGCAGUCUAAAGAAAAUAACACUCCAUUAAUUUCAACAACUAAUGUUUUUUCUAAUGGUACUGGUCAUGAAGACAUUUCUACUGUUACAACACCUAGUGAACUGCCACAGUUAAGAGAGGGUGACGAAAACAUAGUAUUACAGGAAACAACUGAAUCAGUAGUAACUACUUCGGAAAUAUCAACAAGUAGAGUGACAACAGUUUCUGUAGAAGAAAAACUGGCCACAGAGACUAAAACGUUAACUAGCACUUCCAGACCUGAAGAAAAAUCAAACGAACCAAUACCAACCAUUCCAAAGGAACUGUUUGGGAAAACUGAUACCCCAGGUCUACUUUUCAGUGAAGACUGGACAGAAGAGCAAACAGAAGAAACCUCUAUGCCUGACUUAAAUACUUUAUUGGAAAGAGAAACAACGGAAUACCCUCAAUCUAAAUCUAAUGAAGAUGAGAAUUUUACAGAAACCAUCCCUUUUCCAGAAUCAACAGAAACAAGUAAUACAGAUGCUCCUCAGAGUAAAGAAGAGACAACACAGGAUGUAGGAGAACUGUCGACUAGUUAUCAAAACUAUUUGACUGAAGAUUAUAGGAGAGAAGGUUAUGAGAAUGUUGAAGAAAGUACACAAGAAUACUUGCCAAGUGAGAAUCCUUCAUUUCCCUCCUACCAAAGUGGAGUGCUUAAGUUCACUACAGAGAUAGAAACUUCAAAUGAGGAGGGAUUGCAAACAGAAGUUGUUGAGGCGACAACAAUUCCUGAAUCAAUUUUGGAGGUAGAAGACAGUGUAAACCGAAGAAGACGGUCAGUUACAAACAUAGAUGAAAAUGUUAGGGAAUACCCAACAACAGAAUGUGUCUUGUGUUUAUUAGGAUUGCCACAUGGUCACAGGAGGAAAAGAACUGCCGUUGAAAACAAAAAAACCGAUAAUAAGCCAAACAAGUUACAUGAGAAAUCAAACUGUUCCUUCAGCAUCAGCCUAAAUCUAGAAGAUACCGUAAAUCCAAUCGACUAUGCUUCCACAAUUUUAGAACUUUUGCCAGUGAUAAGGGAGGGUUACAAAAAUAACGCUUUUAGCGAAGAAGACAAACAAGUGAUCAGAUCUCUAUUUGGGGACAUGAAGGCCUUAGUGGAUGAGGAAACGUUUGACAAAAUUACCGAAACAGGUGAACUUCUCAUGGGGGACGGGGCAUCGAGGCUAGAUGAAGAUAUUGAAGACUUUAAUUACGAUUCGUCUGAACCUUUAACGGAUGAAGUUUCAGAAAAGGAGAGACUUAAAAGGUCAAAGAAAAAUUUGCAGAUUAUGAAUGAACUACUCAAAAGGGCUUCAAAUAAUACUGGAAGCCACUCUAAUGUUCCUAUGAAGAAAUCUAGAUCAGCUCGGUCUACACAGAUGUCUCAAGCAGAUGCAAGUGCCAUCUUGGCUUUACUUUCUGAAACGGGAGAACUACAGAUUCAAGAUGAUGAGGAUGAGUAUGAAUACUACGACGAGGAAGAAGAGGACGAGUAUGGGGAUGAAGAGUUUUAUGUCGACCCCUUCGAGGAUGACUACGAUGACACACCAUCAUUUUUUGACCUAAUAAAAUUGGCUAAAAGGCACAAAGAUCGCAAAGCAAGAGCUGAGAAAUCAUGAGCUUUUAUGUAAACUAACACAACUACUAUGGACUGUGAUUUUAAUAUUGACUUAGACUAAACAAAAUGUACAUAAUGCUUUUUUAUUUAUUAGUGCCUGGCUGUAAAUAUUUGUUGUACUUUAUUUUGUAAAUAUAACUCAUGUAAAUAUUUUAAUCCUUGUCUUAAGUGAACAUGAUAUAUUACAGUUGUUCAACAUGAACAACUGAUAGUUGUAUAGUUAAUUGUGUGUAAUUUAAGUAUUUUUCAAAACAUAUUACUGUAGCGAUGCAG